UUAGUUUGCUUAGGUCAUAGUUCCAUACGAAUUACGGAGGCCGGUGGCGGCGGAUGAUAAAGCCGCAUCAUAUACCGGAAGAAAUAGCGGGCAUCGAUCUCGACGAUGAUCGAUAGACGUUAGGGUUUAUGCCGGUAAGGGGAAUUCGCUCACCGGCUUGACAACGGAGCGCAAUACGUUCGUCAAUCAUGAACAGCAUCGGGGACUGAAGCAAACUUUCAAGUAAAAUCGGCAAUCGCUGCCGUCUCCGCCACACUAGAUCAAUUUGCCGCUCCUCGGCUGUUCGUAACGCCGCCUCCAGGAUGGCAUCUGAGGCCAAUGCUGCUCGGGCCCCUUUUCGCACCGCGUCUAGAAGUCCUCUAGCUCCACGAAUCUUCAGGUUUCAAGCUGAGUUGAGCGCUUGCGUAGAGCCGUGCGGUGAUCCUUAGCCUUCAGCAUCACGAAAAAAUGGCGCAACAUAUCUGAUCGGAAAAUGGUGCUCCAUCGACUAAAAUCCCUAAAACCGAAAAAACCUCUCAAAAAGCCUGCCUUCCUGAACAAAAAAGGGAAAAAUGAAGGGAAGGAAACCAAUAUCGUUGAGUGCUGAAUCCUCUAAACCCAUUGAGGAUGGAGGUAUCCUUACUGGAAAGAAUGACGUGGGUGCUAUGCGUCCCCUAGAUUCUCCAGUGAAUGCUCAGGCACCUUCUGAGCACCUGCAAUUGGCGGCAGAGGGAAAAAAUAAAAGGCCUUGGCUCGAAGAAGGGUUUUACGAGCUUGAGGCAAUAAGGAAGAAGCGAUUGCAACAGGGCAAAGUCCAGUACUUGAUUAAAUGGCGAGGUUGGCCGGAGUCUGCGAACACAUGGGAGCCUCAUGAGAAUCUGUCAUCAUGCCCAGAUGUUGUUGCUGCCUUUGAAAGGAGGUCUCGUGCACAUUCAGGGAAGCGAUCCAGGUGUGGGCGUAAGCGCAAGUUAAGUGCUACUCUUACUAGAACAGAGGCGGGGCUGCAUCAUUCUGCUGCAGCUGCUAAGGUUACUCUUCAAGCCAAAACAAGGAGAAGGCAGCACGCUUCUGCUCCUGCUGCUGAGGGUACUAUGGGUAUUGAAACAAGGAAUAUGCCGUGUCAUUCCAGUGCAGCUGCCAAGGAUAAUGUGCCAGCUACAAAGGGAAUACCAUUGGUGGCUGUGCCCUUUCCAUGUCUUGAUGACUCAAGCAUUGAAAAUCAUGUGAGCAAUGAUGUUUCCAGGCCAAAAGUUUCUGGAAGUAGCAGGGCACGGAAUGAACAUCCUUUAAAAACCAAUGGUUCCAGUCUGGAAAAACCCGUUGCAGAUUCAGAGGAGACUCAAAUACUAGGAGCUUGCUUGCCACCUGGGUUUUCUAAGUCUAACAUCGGGAAACCAGUUCGAUCUGGUCGUUGUGCUAGAUCUGCUCCUCGUGCUAUAAGGAAGAAGGUAGGCUCUGCUAGGAAGUUUACAGGAAAUUCUUCUGCUCAUACAAGUGAUGAUACACAAAAUCCGAUAAGGACUACUUGUAGUAACAUGACUGCAUUUGGGAAAGAUGGGUUCGAAAACGUCACCAUUAAUGAGAUAAUCAGAGCUCUAAGCUAUCAAGCUUCUGUAGGCAGAGGUGUCUUAACCUUUGAGGCCAAGAGGUCUGAUGGAAAAGUGGUGAGAGUAACCAAUGAUUUUCUGAGGGCUAACAACCCCUUCCUGUUGCUAAAUUUCUAUGACACAUACUUUUGCAACACUCCAGCAGCAGGGAUGCAGGGAUCUGGGAACAGAUAAUUAGUUUUUGAAGAACAUGAAUGGGGUAGCCUUGCCUUUCAGGCAUUGGUAUUGGUAUUGGUGUGAGGAUAAAGCUUUUCAUGGUCCAUUCUGAACUGUGUGGCAUGUUAUCUUAGUGUCCGGUGUUUUUUUUUUUUUUUUUUUUUUUUUUUUUUUUUUUUUAGUUCUCGAGUUACAUGGGAUUCAGAAUUCAGAUUCUUAUAUCUUAGGCACCUUUUUUUUUUUA